UCUCAAUCUUCCCUCAAUGCUACCAAUUCACAUAUGAUUGACGCUAGCCGUCUGUUUUAUUUUUGUAUUUUCUUGUCUUGUCUUGUGUUCAGUCGGUAUAUCCGAUUCCGCCAUAACGACAAAUAGAAGCAAGCAAAAUGGCAUGCACAACGCCAACGGUUUUCGAGCAGCAGAGGGAGGAACUUGUUAGAGAGAUAGCUGUAGGCAUGGAACAAGUUCUCCAAAACAUAAAUCGUUUAAACAGGAACCUGGAGAGUAUUAUAGCUGUUGGGAAGGAAUUCGGCUCUGUCGAGGCUCUAUGGUCGCAAUUCGAGAACUUCAUGGUACGGCCUGAUGAGGAGGGGGAUUCGAAGCAAAAUGGUGAGAAUGAGGAUGAUCAUGAAAAUGAAAAUGAGCAUGAACACGAGCAUGAAUACGAGCACGGAGAUGAGGAAGGUGAUACGGAAUAUAACUGAUAUCUAUUCAUGUUAUUCUCUAUCUACUUUUAUGAUCAAUUAAUUCUUACUAUU